AUGUCCAACGUUGCUGGACCCUCUACUCCCGGUCGCAAGAGAUCAAAAUGGGACGAGGACGAGGUGUUGGAGGUGCAGAUUCAACAACCUAUAGCAAAGAAGAAGGUUAAGAAAGUCAAAAUUGCUCGGGAACAUACUGCCAGAACCGCCUCCCCUUCUGGAUCCGAGGCUUCAACCGCUCGCCAUCCACGGCUGUCCCAUAGUAUAUAUGUCCCGCCCCGGGAGUUCCACCCAGUCAUUACUCCUUCGCGCUCAGUCUACUGCUAUGAGCGACUCAACCAGAUUGAGGAAGGAUCCUAUGGCGUCGUGUUCCGCGCACGGGACAAGCAGACGGGCGACAUUGUUGCAUUAAAGAAGCUGAAGCUGGAGGAGGAGAAACACGGCUUCCCGAUCACGGCACUGCGUGAAAUCAACGCGCUCAUGACCUGCAGACACGAAAACGUCGUGAACAUACGGGAGGUCGUCGUCGGAGACACCCUGACGCAGGUCUUCGUCGUGAUGGACUUCAUCGAGCACGACCUGAAGACGUUGCUCACCGUCAUGCCUUCUCCGUUUUUGCAGUCGGAGAUCAAGACGCUCAUGAUGCAGCUGCUCUCGGCGGUUGCGCAUUGCCACUCGCGCUGGAUAUUGCAUAGAGACCUGAAGACCAGCAACCUGCUGAUGAAUAACCGGGGCACAAUCAAAGUGGCCGACUUCGGUUUAGCGCGCAGGUACGGAGAUCCUGUUGGAGUUGGUGGCAUGACCCAGCUAGUCGUAACACUAUGGUACCGAGCACCCGAGAUCCUGCUUGGGGCGAAAAUUUAUUCGACUGCCGUGGACAUCUGGUCCGUCGGCUGCAUCUUCGCCGAGCUCAUCCUCAAGGAACCCCUUUUUCAAGCCAAGGGUGAAAUAGAACUCAUCGCCAUGAUAUUUAAACUGCUCGGCCCACCCUCGACGAACCCAGCUUCCCCGUCGUUCUCUUACUGGCCUGACUUUCCCACCCUUCCACUCGUGAAGACGCUGACUAUACCCCCGCCGCAUCCUCACGGAUUCAGACAAAAGUUCCCGUACCUGACGAAUGCCGGAAUCGACCUAAUGAUGAAGUUGUUGACAUACGACCCGGAACGGAGGAUCACCGCUGAGGAGGCGCUCAAGCAUCCUUAUUUCAGUGAGUCACCUCUACCUAAACACCCAGACAUGUUCGGGACAUUCCCGUCAGCGGCAGCUGGAGAAAAGCGACGAAAACCGGAUAGUCCGACCGCCCCCGUGCGCGCAGCAGACUAUAAGCUUUUAACCGACUUCGAUUUACCGGAUAUAUGA